UCGCAUUUCAUUUCGCGUUUUCACGGCUGCAUUCGGUGCCUCCUCCUUCAACAUGGCCCGCAAUGAGAACCCGUUCGACAUGCAGAUCAAGCUCCUCAUGAUUGGGGACAGCGGGGUCGGGAAGACGUGUUUGCUGCUGCGAUAUGCAAACGAUUCGUUCUCGCCGACGUUUAUUACGACGAUCGGGAUUGAUUUCAAGGUCAAGAACAUCGACUUGGACGGCAAGAAGAUCAAGCUACAGAUUUGGGACACGGCGGGACAAGAACGUUUUCGAACCAUCACGACGUCGUACUUUCGCGGAGCGCAGGGAAUUUUGCUUGUGUACGACGUGACCGACCGCGCAUCGUUCAACAGCAUCCGCAACUGGGUCGGCCAGAUCCAGCAGCAUGCAGACGUGCAUGUGAACAAGAUCUUGGUCGGGAACAAGUGCGACAUGUUGGACGACAAAGUCGUGAGCACAGAAGAAGGCCAGGCGCUGGCGGACGAGUACGGCAUCAAGUUUUUCGAGACGAGCGCAAAAAACAACAUCAACGUCGAAGGGGGCUUCAUUGAGAUCGCGAACGAAGUGAAGACGCGUCUAAUGGAGGAAGGCGGCCCGCACAAAAAGAACGACUUGGUCGUGAACUUGGGCAAGAAGGGCAGCAACGACCCCACGAAGGCAGGCAAUGGUGGAAAAGGCGGAUGCUGCUGAACGCGUUUAUAUCUAUUAGGCAUCACUCAUAACCCCUUGACACACUGUUCCUUUUCAUUGACACAUAUUACCCUAUAACGUUCUACUGAUAAGUCAUCCCGACGACUUGUCCGUGAACACGCGGACGGCGUUGUCCUUGGACGCCGUCACGACCGUCGCACCGUCGUAGGCGAAGU